UCCGACUCCGACUUCGUGUCUUUCUAGAUCUCUUUCACGAUAACCAUGACCACUCAAUCUGGGUCUAUAACGGAUGACCUUAAAUCUCAAAGUGCUACGAGUGCCACUGGCUCUUCAAAGCCACUGUUGAACGAUAUCGCCCCCGAGGAUGCUUCAGAGAUCGUCAAAGCUAUGAAAAAGGCGAAAGACAUGUUUCUCACAAAUAAGCCUCCUGCAGAUCCUCUCCUUGAAAGUAUUCUUAGCCGUACCAUCGAGGUUGACCGCACGAGGCCCACUCAACCCCUCACUCAUUCUACAUUCGAUACUUCUCGCCGUCGUAUAUUUCGCUUCUGGCCACGCGAUCCAGAUGGUCCUGUACUUCGAUACUCUAGCGAAGGCAAACGCGCACCGAAUGGCACUCAUUUGUGGGGGUCCACCCUUUACGAUUUCUAUCACACCAACCGUAUGCCCUUCAAUAGCCAUUCCGUGACGAUCACUACCGGAAGUAGGAUGGCAGAAUGGUGUAAAGAAAUCAAAGAGUUGGAUUAUGCUGCACAGGAAAUCGAUUGGGCUGAAAACAGGGAAGAAGAGCCGAAGAAGAGAGAAGCCGCCAAUGUUGCAGACGUCCACGAGGCAACAGUGGAUUUUAAACUGACUUUUACGCGCUGGGGAAAGGGCGAGAUCGAGAAAUCCAAAGCGGAAGGUAGGAAAGACGAUGAUGUCGAGAAUUAUAGAACGCCCUUUCAUCCUUCGAGUUAUCCGCCACCUUAUCCAACCCCACCUUUUGUGACUGGCGUCAUUCCUCGACUUGAAAGCACGGUUCCGAUCCAUCUCUUACCUGAAAAGCUAGUCGUACAUGAUCCCGACCUUGUACUUUGCAGGCCAUCUGACAAAAAAAGGUCAACCGAUCCUUGGCCUUUCGACUCGUCUAACCUCUCGAGUCCCAAGGGCUACAAAACUCAAAUCUACAAACUCGCUCUCCAAUCUGAUACACUCGAACGGAUCGCCAAAACGCGUGAAUCAGUCAAGGCUGCAGUCAACACUGACCCGAUUCCUAUAUUUUACGUCUACCCCGCUUCGGAGAAUUGCAAAACGCGCGAUCCCAUUUUUGAAAUCACUAUUCCAGCCCCUCCUCCUCCUCCUACGCAUACACCUGAGGCCCACCUGUUUUUAACGCGCUCUCCGGAGAAGAGGAAAGGAGUCGGGAAUCACUCAGUCGUUUUUGAGGCGGAAUGGGAAGUUCCUAGGGAGUGGUUCGUCAAACCAAGGAUCUGUGUGGGAUGUAUAAUGGAACGAGCAGAAGCCGUGAGAGAUAAGUGGGUUGCUGCGGAAGAGGAGCGUAUCCAGAACAAAGAGACUGUUCAAAACACCGAUAUCGAGAUGGCUUCUCCUACAAGUGACAGGGAUUCUCGUGAGGUGAAAAUGGACGACGGCAACACGUCCCCACCCGCCGAAGACGUUGUCCUUCCAAACUCCAAGCGAGCUUCGAUAUCUUUUCCUCGCUCGAGAGUUAAGCUAUGGGACCGCGUACCCGAGAAGGUCGACAUCCUCCCUGUUGAGAAUCAUCCUUCUGACGAAGAAGAGCGUGCAAACCCUCACCUUACCAAUAACCACGAGGUCAGCGAUUCCGAGCUCGAACCUCAAGCUCAAGGACAGGCGUUUCAACAAUGGAAAGAAGUUCAGGACGCUAAACAGCGCGUCAACUCCGACACAGUGGGAACAGAUGGCAAGCGCCCGUUUAUUGGAAACGUUUCCGUCCGACGUGAAACAUACGAAUCAUCAGCUUUCACCAUGUCCUUGAAGACUGUUGAGGAGAUGCGCCUUCAGCACGAGAAGCUUGCAAAGGCAAAGAGAGGAGACGGACAUGAUCCGUGGGAGAAGUAUCGCGAAGACAAUGCGAGUAAGGGAACGCCGACGACAAAUACAGCUGAACAACAACCCGCCUCAGGAGUUGACAAUUUUCCUGAAUCGAUCCCAGUCCCCAUCGUCGUCUACACUGGUACCAUGCAUACGAUCCAUAUCUCCUCAGUUCCUUGGCUUCUUCCAGGUGAUCCUCCAUGCAAGGAACAUGGUAUACAAGAUCUGCAUUCACCUUCCGAUGCCACAGAUAAAAACGAGUCGGACGGAUUCUUCCCUCUCGUCCCAUGUUCUGCCUUACCUCCGUUUAUCCGCCCCAAUACUCGUCUUCCUCCUACGAUGCGCGUAACCGUCUCAGCGAAAGUCAGCAUUCCAGGAGACCGCCACCUCGUUUCUGAAGCCAGGAACUACCAACAAUUCGACCCAAGCUUCAACGAACAUUGGACUGGCUACACUGUAGCAAAACCUCUUCUCGAACCCACCCCUUGUGGAGCCUUAGUCCCUGGUUUUUAUGGUUACUACAAUCGAGAAGGGGAAGGUUCAGGAGAAGUGGCGGCUGAUGACCCCAACUACGUUUCUGAACAGAGGUACUUCAGUCCACUCCUCCUCCUAGAAGACUGCGGAGACCCAAUUGAAGUCGACACCCUAAACCUCGAUAACCGAUACGAAUGCUCUGCUCUUCUUCUCCGUUUCCACGAUCUCGGAUGGACCCAUGGGUCCUUCGCACCCCGCAAUCUCCUGAUGCGUCGUGGUGAUCAUGAAGAAUAUCCCAUGAUGAGGUCCAACAAGGACAAGAGAUUCAGGCUGAUCGAUUUUGGUCGUUCGACGUAUCUUGAAAAUAUCUCAAAGGACGACGCGGAGGAGAGGGAUCGGUGGGAUUCGAGAAGGUUUCAGGAGAAGAAUGAAAUUUGGAAAACUUUGGAGUUGCCGACUCCAAUGUAAGUGAGGUGUCUCUCUUUUUCAUGUAAUUCGUUGUAAACUGCUGUCGAGUUGUUCGUUAGGGUGAUUUUUUUUUCACUGCCGUGUUUUCCUAGUCCUCUGGCAUGUAGCUUUCUUGAUCGUGUACUACUACGGUAUCCAAUAAUCGCUUUGUUGUGUUGUUUGUCUUCGUACUUUGUUGCUUAGCAGCCCAGAUUGUGAGGUGGAGGAGCUGUUUUCCGAACACCACUGGCCCUCGAAGUCGCUGUGGUUGUUUAAAG